AUGGGGGGGUACGAGGGGGGAUGUCCGGGGCAGGCGGCCGGUGAGGGGCGAGGUCCGGGGCAGGCGGCCGGUGAGGGGCGAGGUACGGGGCAGGCGGCCGGUGAGGGGGGAGGGCCGAGGCAGGCGGCCGGUGAGGGGGGAGGGCCGAGGCAGGCGGCCGGUGAGGGGGGAGGGCCGAGGCAGGCGGCCGGUGAGGGGGGAGGGCCGAGGCAGGCGGCAGGAAGGGGGGAGGGCCGAGGCAGGCGGCAGGAGGGGGGAGGGCCGAGGCAGGCGGCAGGAGAGGGGGGAGGGCCGAGGCAGGCGGCAGGAGAGGGGGGAGGGCCGAGGCAGGCGGCAGGAGAGGGGGGAGGGCCGAGGCAGGCGGCAGGAGAGGGCGGAGGGCCGAGGCAGGCGGCAGGAGAGGGCGGAGGGCCGAGGCAGGCGGCAGGAGAGGGAGGAGGGCAGGGGGCAGGAGAGGGAGGAGGGCCGGGCAGGAGAGUGAGGAGGGCCGGGCAGGAGAGUGAGGAGGGCCGGGCAGGAGAGGGAGGAGGGCCGGGCAGGAGAGGGAGGAGGGCCGGGCAGCAGAGGGAGGAGGGCCGGGCAGCAGAGGGAGGAGGGCCGGGCAGCAGAGGGAGGAGGGCCGGGCAGCAGAGGGAGGAGGGCCGGGCAGCAGAGGGAGGAGGGCCGGGCAGCAGAGGGAGCAGGGCCGGGCAGCAGAGGGAGGAGGGCGGGCAGCAGAGGGAGGAGGGCGGGCAGCAGAGGGAGCAGGGCCGGGCAGCAGAGGGAGCAGGGCCGGGCAGCAGAGGGAGCAGGGCCGGGCAGCAGAGGGAGGAGGGCCGGGCAGCAGAGGGAGGAGGGCCGGGCAGCAGAGGGAGGAGGGCCGGGCAGGAGAGGGAGGAGGGCCGGGCAGGAGAGGGAGGAGGGCCGGGCAGGAGAGGGAGGAGUGCCGGGCAGGAGAGGGAGGAGGGCCGGGCAGGAGAGGGAGGAGGGCCGGGCAGGAGAGGGAGGAGGGCCGGGCAGGAGAGGGAGGAGGGCCGGGCAGGAGAGGGAGGAGGGCCGGGCAGGAGAGGGAGGAGGGCCGGGCAGGAGAGGGAGGAGGGCCGGGCAGGAGAGGGAGGAGGGCCGGGCAGGAGAGGGAGGAGGGCCGGGCAGGAGAGGGAGGAGGGCCGGGCAGGAGAGGGAGGAGAGCCAAGCAGGAGAGGGAGGAGGGCCGAGCAGGGGGCAGGAGAGGGAGGGGGGCCGAGAAAGGGAUGGGGGCCACCGCAGGGGGCAGGAGAGGGAUGGGGGCCACCGCAGGGGGCAGGAGAGGGAUGGGGCCGUGGAAGGAGGGCAGGAGAGGGAUGGGGCCGUGGAAGGAGGGCCAGAGAGGGAUGA